UCACUGCGAGGGCUGGAGAGAGCCGCCUGCGCACAGGAUCUUGUCGGCUGCUGCCUGCUACUUAGUGUCGAUGAGGCUUGGGACGGACACAACCUGACGCUAAAACACUGUCGGGACUUUUUUUUUUGUAUGUGUGUAAAUGAUCGGCGUCGUGUGCGCAUAAUGUCGCCGCUGAGGACGCGCAGCUGAACACCGUGGAUCCAGCUGGUAGUUAGAGAGGAGGAGAACGCACCUUGCAUCCAGCCAUGGGAGGUCAGAUCACCAGAAAUACCUUGUACGAUUCUCUGAACGGGCCAUUUCCAGCAACAUCCCACCGAUGCCACCACAAGCCCAAGCGCUGCCUGCCCAUUCAGCCAUGUGGAAGUUUGUCAUCCUUCCCCCUGCUAUUCCACCCCAGCACCAAGGGUUCGCAGAUCGUCAUGGACAUGUCCCAGAGGACCGUCAAGAGACAAGCCAGCUUCUGCAAUGCCAUAACCUUCAGCAACAGGCCUAUCGCUGUGUAUGAGCAAGUUCGACUGAAGCUCUCCUGUUUUGAUUCUCUGCUCUUGUGUGGGCCAGAGCAGCAGCAGCUUAGAACGAGUUUCCACUUCACCUAUCAGGCCAUCUGUGUCUCAAAAGCGAGAGAGCAGGGCAAGCACUGCCAUGUGAGGAAUACUGUUAUCUUGCGCAGCAAAUGCAAGAUCACUAAGAAGCAGUGCUGCUGGAGCGGUGCUCUGCGUCUUGGUUUUACAUCUAAAGACCCGUCAAGGAUCAAUCCAGACACCUUGCCCAAGUAUGCGUGCCCCGACCUGGUCUCCCAGAGCGGCUUCUGGGCUAAAGCUCUGCCAGAGGAGCUCUCCAACGAGGGAAACGUCAUCUCUUUCUGGGUGGACAAGAAGGGCCGGGUGUUCUACCGAAUCAACGACUCCAGCCCCAUGCUGUUCUUCAGUGGGGUACAUGUCUCUGAACCUCUGUGGGCUCUCAUAGACGUCUAUGGCCUAACCAGGGGGGUCCAGCUGCUUGACAGUGAGAUGGUUCCCCUGGACUGCCUGCGUCCUCGUUCUUUCGCUGCCGCCCACCGGGCCUGCAUUCAGCGUAACGGCGAUGACCCUCGCCUUUCCAUCAGCCUGUGUGACCUGAGCCUGCAGCAGCAAGAGAUGCAUCUGGAGGAGGAGGAAGAGGAGGAAGAGGAGCAGCUACAGCCUUUGAGCUCUGCCUCCUGCCAUGUGCCCCAAAACUCUCAGAACUCACAGCAAUGCUCGCUACUGCCAAGCCAUUUGGACACUGAUCUGCACUUUCACUCGGUGCACGGCAUCCAUGUUACCGUGCUGGAUAAGCACACGGUGGCGCGGCUGGAUCACCGCGGCGACGAGAGAACCCUGGUGUUCACCAGCCGGCCGAUGCGCUGCUCAGAGACUGUAUUUGUGAAGGUGAAGGCAGGCGCCACGCGACCCGGGUCCCUUUCCUACGGCGUGACAUCCUGCGACCCGGCCACCCUGAGGCCCAGCGAUCUCCCGUCCAACCCAGAGUCCCUGGUUGACCGCAAAGAAUUCUGGGCCGUGUGUCGGGUGGCAGUGCCACUCCACAGCGGAGAUAUACUCGGCUUCGUGGUGAACGCAGAAGGAGAGGUUAUGAUGAGCCAUAAUGGAGUCAGUGCAGGGAUGCAGCUGUGUGUUGAUAACUCCAGGCCUCUCUGGAUGUUCUACGGUCUGCACGGCACCAUCACACAACUCAGGAUUUUAGGCUCAUCUCUGCACCCAGACCUUCGAGGCCCAUCGGUGCCCAGCUCCCCAUCGUGUACGCCCAACACCCCCACAAUGCUUUGCAGCGGCAACUCCGAGUCCAACCUCAACACGUCACUGAACAUCAACCUCAAUUCAAGCCUCAAUUCCAACUACCACACGCUAUUUUCGUCAUCCACAGGUACAACCCCGAGUUCUCCAUUCUCCAGCCAUCCAGAAUCCCCUACCUUUCCACCCUGCUCCGGCUCGUGGGGAGACGAAUGCACCAUUUGCUACGAGAACGUGGUGGACACAGUCCUCUACGCCUGUGGCCACAUGUGUCUCUGCUACGCCUGCGGCCUCAAACUCAAGAAGAUGGCCAACGCGUGCUGCCCCAUCUGCAGAAGGACAAUCAAAGAUAUUAUCAAGACCUACAGGAGCACGUAGGCUUCUGCUAGACAUUAUGAAAGCCAUGUAAAAGACUUUGUAAAGACACAGCACAAGUUGGAAAAAAAAGAAAAAAAAGCCCUGCUUGUUUGUGUGUGUAAUCUGGCUCAGGUACUCUACAGCAGGAUUUUAAACUCCAUCAUCAAAACAUUUUAAUUAUGUUGGAAAGCUCAGCGUGGUUCCAAUGAGAUUCAUGAGAGACCAUCAAAAAUACAGUAUGAUCAAGGAUGUGCUACCGCACAACAACACACCUUGACCCACUUCAGUUGGAGAGAAAAAGUAAUCUUAAGAGGCAUCUGUCCUACUUCCUCCAGAGCGAACCUUCAUUCUGCUGGUGAUAGCGUCGCUGCUAGCUAGUUUUGGAGGUAAAAUUGCCCGGGGGGGAGGAGGGGGGGGGGACAAGGACAAUAAAUCAGCGGUUUCACCAGCUGCUCCUCCAAUGCUUGUCAGGGAGCAUUGGCUCAAAGUGUUGUCUAACAAGGAGAAACAAUUCUCUUCUAAAUCUGUGAGAAAAUCAAGACUAGAUAGUUUCAUUUGGGCUUUACAGAAGGUUUCCACAUGCUGGUGAGAGGAAUGAGUAAAACGACAAAAACAAAAAAGAGCUCCUCUAGCAAUAAUACGCAGUAACAUUACUAAACGUAAAGGGUAAAGAAAUCCUUAAAGGAACUCUUGUGUAAUCAGUCAAGUGCUUCGCUGCAUAUCUCACCACCUGCUGUGCUUCUGUGAACUUCAGGCAGACUGUGCAAAGUGUUGUCACCAUAGAAGGUCACGCUCGCCGUGAUGGAAGAUGUAAAUCAGUGAGGAGCGAGGAAGGAGGAGAGAGGAUGUUGUAUGUUUGGGAUAGGGACAGGAGAGGAAGGGGUGCCUUAGCUGUGAGGAAAGUGUUUGCUCAGAUGGAUCAGACGUUCGUAUGAAAGCCUGUAAACGUUUGGGACUUGCCUGUCCCGCUUUCUUGGUAAGCCGUCCCCGCCAUCUCUGGCUGCACAGUGAGCCCACUGGAUGCUGUAAUUGCACAAAAGUCAUCCAAAUAAACACUGGUGGGCAGUGAAGUAUUUUUAAAACGCUGAAAGAGCACACGGAGAUGACGAAUCAGCCUCUUCAUCUCUGCAAGAAACCCAUGAAAUCACUUAAAAAAAAGAAAAAAGGUGGCUCUGCUUACUUCAGGUUACACACUUGUCUUUUGUAUGUAUAUCAAAUUAAAACAUAAAUAUUUGCUUUCAGUGAUGACGUAUUCAUGUGCAUCGUGCCCUCAUGUGGAGAAAGGUUCACGUGUGUGCAGUCAGUGACAAGGAAGUAGCUUGUAAUUGUUCGACAUUGUGAGAAUGUCAUUUGCAUAUCAGUUUCUGAGUGCUGCUCUCCGUUAGUAAAAGUAAACUCCAAGGCCAUUUUCAUUUGACUAAUCCCACGCAGUAUGUACCGGUCUGAAUUUUUUAGGAAAUACAUGAUACUUCAGGUGUUACCUUGGCCUUGCUGAAACAUUACUUAGUCAUUUUUCUUUAAAGUAGUAAGUGCUGGUUUGUUUUCAAGGUGUUGAAGCUUGUCAUCUCGUCACUGUGGAGGAAAAUAAUUGCAGUCAUGUUGUAUAACUGUAAAUCUGAAUGACGGUUAAGUUUUCUAGUGUGCCUUUUAAAGUCUGGACAAAUGUACUGGUGUGUUUGGCUCCUCACUGUGAAAACGAGGAGGGAUACUGAGGUUAAUAUUCAUCUUAAAGCCACUUUUUCUUAGCUAUUGUGUCUCUCACGUGAACAGGUGUAACAAGACAACCUGGUUUAGAAGCAAACACUUCAGUGUGCUUAAUAUCAGUGUGCAUAUUUAGAUCAGAUGUUUAAAUAUCGCCUUGUCGCCUCUGUCACUGCAUUGCAUAAUACUGGAAUUUUGUUGAGAGAUGCUCAGCUUUUACAUUUCUACCUGGUAUUUGUUUUGUUUUUCUUCCUGACCAAAUAUGACCUAGAAGAAAGAAAAAUUAAAGAAAAAAAAAACAUUGUGGAACAUUUUUAUUAGAACUAAAUGGUAUUGAGGAGUGUAAUAUUAACUGUACAUUAGGAGGUUUAUUUAUUUUUAUCAAUGCUACUAUUAAGAAUUGUCACUGUGUGUUUCAUAUGUGUGGCUAUAGUGUCCAAAAUGUAAGAAAUUGUUUAUUUUAUGGUUGUAUAAUCAAAGACAAUAGAAAACUUUAUUUCCCUAAAGGCUCUAUGGUGGUGUCAGCUGAUUUGAAAGAAUAGUAGUUUGACAUUUUUUUGGAAAGUGCUUGUUCACUUCGUGGUGGGGCCCUAGAUGAGAGGAUCAAUACCACUCUCCAGUGGCUGCAUGAAGCAAAGUACAUUAACUCAAGCGCUGCAAUCUUGGCACAUGUGUCUUUCAUUUGAUUAAUUCAGAAGGAAAUAAUCCCACAGGAGAUUAAGACCUUGCACACGUCCAACAUACUUUUCUAAAAUACUAAAGUAUCCAAUGGAAGAAAUGGAUAAAAAUGAAUUCAUCCUUGGCCCCUGCCUUUAAAUGCUGCCUCCAAACAGUACAAAUGCACCAGAACACAACACUAAUAAAAUGCAUUCUGACAUGUUAAUACUUGUGGUUUCAGGGUGUUUGAUCUCAAUGAUAUUGGUGCAUAACUUUAAGAUAUGGGUGCUAUAACUGAUAUUUUUAUCAAAUGUAUAUAUUGCCAUUGCAGCUCCAUUGGCUUAACAGCAUCGUCAGCUAAAAAUAAUCCAGACAUGUCCCUCGAUAGCUGGCUUAGUGAAUAUCGGACUUAGCUUCAACGGGUCUGGGCAGGAACACGUCUUUAAUUGAGUGACAAAGUUGCUCCAUAACUUCUCGGUGGACAAAUAGCAACUAUUAGCUUAUAAUUUUGCCUCGCCACUUGAAAAGGUGAUGGCGUGCCAUUGUUUUCUUCACAUCUUGUAACCAGCAACUUAAGCUACAGCUAGCAGCUGGCUAACUUAGUUCAGUAUAAAGACUAGAAACCAUAGCAACCGGCGCAAACUGCUAGCCUGCUCUGACAAAAGACUACACUAACAAACACUAAAAAACAAUGACCUCAUUUGGCACAUAACCUUUUGUAAAAUCUGCAGUUUAAUAUGUAAAUUUUCAAUAUGUGACAGGGUUCAUUGCUGGGCUUCAGUGCAGCUUGGCUAACUAGCUAGCCACUUCCGCACAAAUGUGUGAAUAGGUUCCAUACUUUUAUUUCCCAAAUUGCCAAAUGCUUGCUUUUAUGCCAUUUAUUAAAAUGUGGCAUUAAUUUGGCAAACAAUGUCAAGUUAGCUUUGUUUACCUUUAGGUAAAACUAUGUUUAACCCUACAUGAACAUAUUUAAUUGUGUUGUAUUGAGUAGUUCCAUAAAACCCUACACGUUUUUUUUGUUGAAUUUCUUAAACGUGACCAAAUAUACUCAGUCCAAACUAAACAAAACCAGCAGUAGAGGAAGGUGAAGUGAAGAUGGGCAUUGUAUUUUUGGAUAGGAAUAUGGCUCAUUACUGUUGCUGGGUUUAGGAGUUAAAAACAUUCUUAGUUGUUUCUGAAUUUGCUAAUUAUUUUCUGUUUGUUGAAUAAAAAUUGAGGUCUGGA